UUUCUCUUUUUUGCUUAUUUCGUUUUCACACAAAAGUUAUGGCUGGUCCAUCUUCUAGUUCUGUGGGAACAGAAAAAAACAAUGGAAACGGCAAUGGUUUAUUGUUAUAUCAAUAUUACCCAUCGUACUACAGCCAGAAGGUGGUUUUCGCAUUUAAUGAAAAGAAACUCAAAUUUAAAUCCCAUAUAGUUGACUUACAUCGAGGAGAGCAAUAUGAACCUUCAUUUUUGAAACUCAAUCCUAAAGGUGAAGUUCCUGUUUUGAAGGAUGGAGUUAAAAUCAUUCCAGAUUCUCGCCGUAUCAUCGAUUAUGUUGAAGAUAAUUUUAGCAAUGGCAAUACUCCUCGUCUUAUUCCAGAAAAAGGCAGUCCACAAUUUCAAACAAUGGAACGUAUGCGAGAUUUAUUAGAUAAUAUUCCAAAUGAGCUCAUAACUUUUGGUUGCCUUUUAAAUCCAGAGCUGACGGGGAAGAUCAGAAUGUCACCACAGGAAAUCAAAUUCCGUCAAGGUUUUUAUGCAUCUCAUCUUAGCCUUCUUAAUGAGUUUUCUGAAAAGCAUAAUGACUUCAAAGAUUACUAUCUUGUUAAGAAAAACAGCUUGGAAAAAAGGCGCAAUGCUGCUUUAGACAAAAAUGAAGUUGAAAAGGGUCUUUUAGAUCUCGAAUAUGCUUUGAAAGAAGUAGAGAAACUGUUAUCCACCCAUGAUAAAGAAAAGAAGUCAUGGCUUUGUUGUGAAAAAUUUACUAUUGCUGACAUUAGUCUCUGUGUUUUGCUGAACAGAAUGAAAUUACUGGGAUUAUGUGAUAAAUAUUUUAAGGAUAAUCAAUUUUCUAACCUGCAAGAGUACUUUAAGCGAGCUCAACAGCGUGAUUCCUUUAGAAGAACAAUGAAUCAAACUUCAAGUCUUCUGAAACCAUUUUCUUGUUUAGACACGAAAGAUCAAGUUUUAGUGACAAUUGGUGGUGUUGCCAUUGUUCUUUGUGCUGCUGGUGUUGCUGCAUUCCUUAUUCAACGCAAGAAAUGAUUCAUAUAUUUUUGUAAUUCAAUUCCUUUGGAUACAAUAAAAGUAGGUGAUUGUUAGAUUCAUAUGAAAGUUAUCAUUGCAUUUUGUUACUGAAGUUCAGCCGGCAUGGUUACUUACGUACGUUAUUUUUUUAUGUAUCGACAAAGGUGAUACAUAUCUGUAAUAUUUUUUGUAGAUCUGUUGAUGUAAUUCUGCAUUUACAGAGAGACUGUAUGUGCUGGCUGUUCAAAUACUAAA